AUGGCUCACCCGCCGUCCGGGCUUACUGAGGCGGAAUUACAACGAUUCCGGGAUGUCGAGGAGAAACAGAAGAGAUUGCACGAGUGGCUGAGGUCGAGGAGUCUGGCUCCGGACGAAGCAAGAGCCGUCAGUUGCAGGAGUCAAGCGGACUUUGUGCAAUUCUGGUCCAGUAUCAGUGGAGAUGCUCAAACCAAGUACGAUGCACGACAUAAGAAAGGCUGGCGACUAUGGUCGAAGAGAUAUCAGACCUUUUCCGGCGGUGUGAUCUCUUUCAUGAAGGACAUGGAGCCCUUGCUCGACAUAGUGAAAGCGUUUGGCGUCCCCUAUACUGGAGCUGCCGUUGGAACAAUUACGGGACUUUUCGUGUUCGCAGGCCGGAAAACCAUCAUGGAAGGGAAAAUCUCCUCGGCACUCGAGGGUGUGAAGGACAGAUUGCCAGGCUUCAAGAUGUACGAGUACAUCUACAGAGCUGAGACGGAGCUGGAGACAGACCUGAGGAAGAAGAUACUGUUCGCCUACCUUGCCUUUAUUGACUUGUCCAUUGAAAUCACCAAGUAUUAUUUUCGGCCCGCGAUCUACCGCUGGAUGAUAGCAUCGUUCAAUUCGAACAAGUUUGAUGAAAUGACCGAAAACGUCUUUGAUCUGGUGGUCGCCAUCAGAAUGAGAUGUGAGGAACUGUUGAGCCGCAAUAUAUCAGAGAUUAAAGAACAGAACGAAGAGCUCCUGCGGGAUAAAAACAUCAGUCAUGUCAUGGAGAUACAGAAGCUUCUUGGGCUCGAGUCAUGGACCCCAGAGGCACAUAAUGAGACGCUUCUGAAAUACAAGUUGCAGUUGAACGACGAGUGUGUCCAAGAGGUCAACUAUGAGCACGUGUCGGUUGACAGCAAUCUCUGGCGUUCCGUGUCAAACGAUUGGGAGGCAACCGGCCAGUCACAACUGCUCCUGCUAGUGGGAGUCAAUAAUGAGAACGUCGCUCAGGGCAAAAGGUACAAUUGGAUAUCACCACUUGCGCUUGACAUAGCAGACCGAUUUGCCAGCGCGAAUGGCCUUGCAGCACCAAUAGCCCUCUAUGUAUUUCGGCCAGAUUAUUGGUCGCGUUCAUCGAUUCACACUGCGCUGUCGGUCGUGCUGCUGCAACUGCUCAGGCAUCGGCAGACGGCGCUCGGCCAGGGGUUCUCCGACCAUCGGGAGGGAUUAAUGGCGGCCGUUCACAGAUUCGCGGCCGCCCAAACAUCCGAGGACGAGAACGAUGAAGACGACGGUAAGAUCGACGCGCUGAGAGACCUUGCUGUACGGGUGGUGAGUCUGUAUGAUGAUAACACAACCGUGUACAUUGUGCUAGACAGGGUGGACAUGUGUCGAGAUCGAGACCAUUAUGAGCUCAUUCGCAUUCUUUCCACGGUCAUACAAAAGGCACGAUGCACUAUCAAAGUGCUCGCCGUGGCAGAUCCAGCAGGUUGGAAGGUAAAUGCGAAGAGUAUGGCUUUGCCAAACGCAUCGCAGGUGAGGGUGUUGGAGCUGAGACAGAGAAUGCGGUAUGAUUGGGAUUAUUGA